AUGGAAUCAAAGGAUUUAACGGCGCUGAUUGCACAACUCGUGGCUAACAAUCAACAGCUCAUAGUUAACAAUCAACAGCAGCAGACGCGCCACGACCAGACCCUGCUGGUGCAGCAGCAAACCACCGAGCUUCUGCGGACCCAACUCACGGAGCGUUACGAAGCCCAGGAGGAGCAGGCUGGCUAUGAGAGGGACCGCCGGGUCCACCCCGCACGCUUCCUCACCAAGCAGACCCCCGCGGAUGACAUUGAGGUCUUCCUGCUAACCUUUGAGAGGACCGCGGUCAGAGAAGAGUGGCCUAUCGACCAAUGGAAUCCCCAGAGCGUGGACCAGCUGGUGGAUCUGCUGGAAGGGUACCAGGCCGCCCAGGAGUACUGCGCAGUGGACGGCUGGGGAAUACAGAAGCCCCACGCGCCCCAAGAAGCGACAGCCCGAGGAGGGGCCCGUCGUGAGACCUACACAGGAAACACCAUGGAGACGGCCCCCACCAACCCGACCACCGAAGCGAGAAACCCGCGGACGACCCUAUGGGUUACUAACCACAGGCUGGGCAGAAGAGACGGGGACUCACCCUCGAUUCCGGUCACCGCUAACGGGCGAGACGCCAUCGCCCUGAUAGAUUCCGGAAGCGUGGUGACGCUGGUGCGACCGGAGUUCGCCCAGACCCCUCUCCUGGAAGACACACUGAGUGUCACGUGUAUACAUGGCGAGCACCGUCAGUACCCCACUACAAACAUCACGUUAAAAACAAUAAAGGGAACAUACUCGGGCACCGCCGGGGUCGUACCAGGCCUACCAGUAGCCGUGCUCAUCGGGCGGGACUUCCCCCUCUUCAGACAGCUGUGGCUGCGCCUGGCCAGGGGAGGGCCGCGGAAGGCCCGAGGGGGCCCCUCGGCCCCGCCUCCCAGGCAGCGCCACUCGGCACCCCGCCUCUGUGCGGUGCAGGACGUCGACCCCCAAGGCUCCACCGACCCCAUCUCAGAAGGAGAGUCCAGCACCGGGGAGGUAGUGGCGGAAGAGGAAGAGGGACCGGGGGAGACGAGGGAAGGGGAAAGGAACCCCCUCGAGGAAGAGGCAGACGCUUCCCCCAGCAGAGAGGAAGCCGACCAAUGGGACAUGUUCCCCUUCAACAACGACACCGACGUGGGCCCAAGGGCUGAGCCUCUAGCCGGGAGAUUCGGCUCUGCCCAGCUCGAGGAUGUCAACCUCACCAGCGCCCUGCAGCAAGUCUCUGUGAUCGACGGGCGACUCGUCGAAGGGGUCCGGGGCCGCGCAUGGGAACGCGGAUGCCAUGUCCCGGAGAGACGCCUUGGGGGGAUGGGCCGCCCCGCCCUCCCGGUUGGAGCUGAGGAGGGGGGUGUGUGGCAGCCAGCCACGGACGAGACCACGAGGGAAGUAAGGGAUGGAAUACCGACUGUUCCCUGUACUUCCCACUGCGGCCCAGAGAGGAGCCAACGGAACACCGACAGCCAGACGACAAAGUGA